AUUUGGUUUUGGUAAAAGACUUGACAUUGUGUUAACCUAUUAUAAACAGAUAAUAAGAUUAAAGGUUGAACGUUGUGAAGUGUAAGAAUAUAAAAUUGAAUUUUUUUAGAUCAAAGAUCUAGUGUAACGGCAAAAAAAAGCUCCAUGUAGAUAAAAAGGAAGACUGCGAUAGUGACACAAAUCAAGAAUUUUUUUUUCAUAACUAUGUCUACCGUGCAAAAUUUUUCUCAUAAUAAUGUAAACAAUAAAUUGUCUCGUAUGAAGGAAUGGCGUGUUCCUGCCUCAAUUGUUGCCAAACGUACAAAGAAUCCUAUUCGUGAAAUAGUUUAUAAUAUGAAUGUUACUCCAAAUCCUGAGAAAGAGUAUAUUUCAUUGGCACUAGGUGAUCCUACACAUUAUGGAAAUUUUAAAAUUCACGAAAAUUGCAUCGAUGCUGUAAUAACUCAGUUGAAAUCUUAUAAAGCGAAUGGAUACGUGCCAUCAGUUGGAGUUGAAAGUGCGAGGAUUGCUCUCGCGAAAAAAUUUUCAACAAAAGAAGCUCCAUUAACUUCGGAGGACAUUGUUUUAGCGAGUGGAGCUUCGGAUGCGUUGAGUCUUGCGAUAAGCGUAUUAUGUAACGAAGGACAAAAUAUUCUUCUUCCAAGGCCCGGAUUUUCGCUUUAUCAGACUCUUUCAGAAUCAAAGGGAAUUGAAUGUCGUUAUUAUAAUUUAUUGCCUGACCGUAAUUGGGAAACGGAUUUAGAUCAUUUAUCAUCUUUAAUCGAUGACAAAACGGCUUGCUUACUUAUAAACAAUCCUUCUAAUCCAUGUGGAUCUAAUUUUACUCGCCAACAUUUAGAAUCAAUAUUAUCAUUAUGUGAAAUUUACAAACUUCCAGUAAUAUGUGAUGAAAUUUAUGAAGAUAUGGUAUAUGGAGAUAAUAUAUUUUAUCCUUUAGCAAAUUUAACUAAAACAGUUCCAAUAUUAAAAAUUAGCGGAUUAGCAAAAAGGUACUUAAUUCCGGGUUGGAGAGUUGGGUGGAUUUUCAUAUAUGAUUAUAACAAUAUAUUAAAUGAAGUACGAUCAGGUUUAGCUUCCUUAGCAAAUUUAAUACUUGGAGCUAAUUCAUUAAUUCAAAAUGCUCUACCUGAUAUUAUAAUGAAUACGCCUCAAUCAUUUCAUGAUGAAACCGACAAGUUAUUAGAAGAAAACGCAAAACUAAGUGCCAAUGUUUUGGGGAAAAUCCCUGGGUUACAUGUUAUUGUGCCUCAAGGUGCCAUGUAUAUGAUGGUCGGAAUUAAUAUAGAAGAAUUUAAAGAUAUUAACAAUGAUAUAGAAUUCAGUGAGAAAUUGGUACAAGAAGAGUCAGUUUUAUGUUUACCGGGAAAGAGUUUUCAUUAUCCUAAUUAUGUUCGUAUAGUAACCACAGCUCCAGCUGAGAAAUUGAAUGAAGCUUAUCAACGUAUUAAAGAAUUUUGUGCCAGAUAUCAUGUGUAAACAGUUGAUUAUUACGUGCAAAAAAAUAUUUAAAAUUUGAAUUGUAGUAAUCAAAAUCAAUAAAUUUUUUUAUUACUUUAUUUAAUUACAGUAAAUAUAUAUUUCUUUUCUCAUUAAUUAUUUGAGUUAAAAGAAAAAAUACAUUGUCUAUUACACAUUCAA